CAUUCUCUUGGCUAGUACUUGUUGCUUUCCGCGUUUAAAUUUCAAUCUAAAGUGUAAACAUGGAUGAGAUUUUAAGAGACAAAAACAAAUGUGAUAAGGCUCAUUGCUUCCUAUGUUCAUUUUCCAUCUUCAAUUAAUACCCUCUCAUUUUAUUUUUCUUCAUGCGUGCAAGCCAUUCUCAAAAACCACAUUUCUUGCUUCUUAACACCUUUAUUAUCUCUCUUUAAGAUUCUUCAUUCAUCUUCUACCUCAAUUUCUUUCCACUUUCAUUCCCCUCAUCACCUUUUUACAAUAACAAACUUAUCUCAAUCCAUCUAUAUUUCAUCAUUGUCGUUGUCUUCCAUUCCUUAUCUACUUCCAUCUCUUUCAAAGAAAAUUUCAAUUGAAGAAAAUUAAUGGGGAGUCAUAUGAGCAAGAAGAUUCCUGAAUCUUCUUCUUCAGCUGUUAACUUACCAACAACAACUGAAUUGCACUACAAAACAGAACUCAGUUCCUAUGAAGCAGCCUGCAAGCAAGACACAGAUUUGCAAACUUUUGAUUCCACACUUCAAGCCAGAACAAACCAAGUCAUAAAUACACUCGUCGAAGGUGUCGAAGUUCGAGCCCUUUCGUUCGAUUCGCUAAAACAAGUCACAGGAUGUCUCCUUGAGAUGAAUCAGGAAGUUGUUAGAGUUAUCUUGGAGUGCAAGAAAGACAUAUGGAAAAGCCAAGAACUGUUUGAGCUGGUUGAGGAGUAUUUUGAGAACAGUUUGAAAACAUUGGAUUUCUGCACUGCAUUGGAGAAGUGUUUGAAGAGAGCUAGGGACACUCAAUUGCUUAUCCUCGUCGCGAUUCAACAGUUCGAAGAGGAAUCGGAAUCGGGCGAUAACCGUUACUCAAAGACAUUGCAAGAAUUGAAGAAUUUUAAAGAAGCUGGUGACCCUUUCACAGAAGAAUUCUUCCAAAUUUUUCAAUCUGUUUAUAAACAACAGAUACUAAUGCUUGAGAAACUUCAAGUUAGAAAGAACAAACUUGAUAAGAAGCUGAAGUACAUUAAAUCUUGGAGGAAAGUUUCAAGUAUGAUAUUUGUUGCUACUUUUGCUGCUGUUUUGAUAUGUUCUGUUGUGGCAGCAGCUAUUGCAGCUCCACCUGUUGCUGCAGCAAUAGCAGCAGCUACUUCAAUUCCAAUUGGUUCAAUGGGAAAAUGGAUUGAUUCACUUUGGAAAAACUAUGAAAUUGCAUUGAAAGGACAGAAAGAAGUUAUUGCUUCAAUGCAGGCUGGUACUUAUGUUGCUAUAAAGGAUUUGGACAACAUUCGUGUGCUAGUCGAUAGGCUCCAAAUUGAGAUUGAAUCUUUAUUUCAUACUGUGGAUUUUGCUAUUGAAGAAGAUCAAGCUGUGAAGAUUGCAAUAGAGGAGAUUAAGAAGAAGCUUGAAGUGUUUAUGAAGAAUGUUGAAGAUUUAGGAGUUCAAGCUGAUGUUUGUAGCCGUGACAUUAGGAGGGCUAGGACUGUGGUUCUGCAGAGAAUCAUAAAGCAUCCUAACUUUUGAAGAAGAGUUUAGGACUCUUAAUCACACCAUACACGAGCCGUUGAUUCUGUUGAUAUUUUAUUAUGGCGGUGACAAUUAUGUGGUAAGAUGACAAAAUCAAUAGUUUUUAUCGACUGUCCGUGUAAAAUUAGUUUACACUGACAGGGAAUAUUUCUUUUUCUCUUUAAAGAAAUAUGUUAUAUGUUGUUUGUUUGUUAACUUUGGACAACAGUUAUUUUCCUCAUAUUUGCUAUGUAGUGAAAUUUCUUUAUUUAUGGAUGGAUCCAUGCAUAAAUAUGGGUUCGUGUUGAAGAUAAUAAUAGGACAUAAUUGGUAUGUCUAGACAGUUGCACCUAUAUUUAUUCUUUUGGAGCAAUAGUAUACUAAUGCAAUUUUAUUUUUUAUUAUAA